UGGGGGCCAGGAGCUGCGUGGAGGCAUCCAGGGUUUCCUCCGCCGACUAUGAAGAACUCUGUGCCACAGGCAGCCUCGCUGCUGCUGGAGAAGCUGAUGCUCCUCGUCCACAUCCGGCCAUUGCCCGCGGGCUCCGGCGGUGAAACGCCGCCGCCUGCACCCGGCUACUACGACACCAGCUGCUUCAAGCGAGGAGACCUGCUGGAGGUGCCCCGCACUCUCUUCAUUCACUUCGGCAUUUACCUGGGCGAGAACCGCGUCGCUCACAUGAUGCCCGACAUCCUGCCCUCCAUCACCGGCGACCGUCGGCAGAUCCAGCAGGUGGUUACCAACAAGCGGCUCAUCCUGGGCGUCAUCGCUAGGACAGCCAGCGUCCGGGUGGACACGGUAGAAGAUUUCGCCUACGGCGGCAGCAUCCUAGUCAACCACAUGGACCGACUCUUCGAGAACCAGGUGCUGGGCAGCGAGGAGGCGGCCCGCCGGGCGGAGAAGCUGGUGGGUGCCACGGCCUACAGCCUGCUCUGGAACAACUGCGAGCACUUCGUCACCUACUGCCGAUACGGAGCUCCCGUCAGCUUCCAGACCGACAAGUUCUGUGAGACUGUGAAGAUGAUUAUUCGGGACCAGAGGAGCGUGCUUGCAUCAGUGCUUGUGGGACUAGCGUCAAUAGUCUGCCUAGGUGUGGCACCCUCCACCACACUCCCCACCAUCUUCAUUCCCUUCUUUCUGUGGAUGGCUGGCUAACAGCCUUCCUGGAGGCUUCCAUCCAGCGUCUGUAUAUAGGAUGUAUACUACUGUACUUAUGAAAGCACACACUACUCAUUGGCAUCAUGUAAAGUUUCUUAACUUUGUGCAUAAUUUUAAAAUACAACUUUGUCUAGAACACAGUGCGCAAGGCAUAGCUUACUGUGUAAGCCAAAUAACAGAUUUCCUGAAAAUCUUGGUAUAAUUUAACACACCUUUAAAUCAUGGAAAAAGUAGGGUCACGAUGCAGUUCUGCUCCUUGUCUUUAGCCAAAAAUGACUCUAAUAACAUCCUUCAUGUUCUUCAGUUUCUUAGCUGCAUACUUGGUGCCAUAACUAUUAAUAAAAAUGGAUGAUGGUGUUCCACAGAGUGUUGGAAAUGGAGAACAAACUGCUUACCUCUUCCUUUUAUAGAUAUAGUGUAUAUUCAGAAAUUUCUGUCUCCAUUCCUAAAAUACUCCUUGGUGGAAAUGCAAGUAAAUUAACUCUUUUUUUGAGAGCAAAGAAUAAAAACCAUUCCUGAGCUGGGUGCUACAGGAGCACAUCUGGCCAGGCCAGUUCAAGUUGUUUCCCAUGUGGGAAAUGUUCAGAAAUCUGUCAUUCAAAUUAAUUAUGUAAACACUUGCUAUCUUAUUGAGCAACUUUUUAAUUGGGUUAAUGAUAAGGAAAGAUGGAAAUUCCUCACCAAUUUCCUGGCCAGUGAUAGUGGCUAAUAUAAAUGGCUAGAGGGGGAUUUAGGAGCUGUAGGAAGAAAUUUUCUUGCUUUAUGUCAACUAGUGAUGUACAGAUAUUGGGACAUUUCCAGCAUUCCAGGGGACAUGGCAUGGAGGAGAAGUAGCACAGAUACCAGUUUAGCUCCUACCAUUUCGCAGCAGUGGAACCUGUGUAGGUGCUGUAAAGUAUCAGGGAUCACUGGACCAGUUUCUGUGGUGGCUAUAUUGUGAUUUUGGAUAUUGCCUUAAAACACGUUUUCAGUGAAAGACAACAUGUCUUCCUAUACUCAUCUCUUGUAAGUAUUCACUUUCAAGCCAGUAGCUGGUGCCAGAAAUGUUUUAUCAUCAAUGCUGAGGCCUUUCAGUUUGUCAAGAAUGUGUAAAGCUGGAUUUGAAAUCAAGUUCAUGUAGGCAAUUACUUAAAUGCUAAAAACCUUUGCUUUUUUUUUCUUAGCAAGGUCUUUUAUGUAUGCAGAUAAAUUGUUCAGCUCCUAGAAUGUCUUGUGUGCAUACAUGUGCUUACUUGUUCACGAGCUGUGCUUGCCUUCCUUUCUAGUUAAACGCCAAUAUGAUGGUGUCUUCACCAAGGACUCAACCUCAGAUUUACUUCUAUUAGUGCUGUGCAGUGUCUUUCCAUCAGCUCUGUUGCUGAAAUGUCCACUUGCCCAUUUUUAGAAAGACUCCUUUUAACUGUGCUAUAAACUCCCUCUUCCUUCCCCUAGAUCUUACAGAUGCUUGAAGUUUGGAUUUUUAGAACUGAGAGUCUACUUGGCUACUCUCUAAUCAUCAUCAUCUGGCUGCUUCACUAUAACGAAGAAUGUAAAGACUGGGUUGAAAUUCCAGCUUAUAGGAAAGACUAGCAUGACUCCUGCUGCCAGGAUUUCAGCCCAGCUUUCACUACAUGUUCAAUCGGCAGCCCAGCUCCAAGCAGCUGGAUAUCAAUUACUGCUGGAUCCUUGUUAACAACUUCUAUUCUGCUUUGAAAGAUUGCAAUGCUCAGUGUAACUGUUUCUGGUAAACUUUCGAAAUUAAGGGUUUUUUUAAUUAACAUGAAUUACUUUUUCAUAGUGUAUGCAUUAGUAAUAUUUACAUAAACUCCAGUGUGUUUUUUUUACUUGCUGUGAAUAAGGCAUGAGCUGUACUCAUAACUGUAAUUAUAUAAAUAGAUUUUACUCUUUUAAAAAUGUCUACUGACCUCUUGAAAUUGAGUAUAAUACUGUAGCAUUACUCUAAGAUAUCCCAGUAGAGCACUGAACAGGCUAUUAACAUGCAGUUACAUAGUGUCUGAUUACAGGUGGGCUUUUCUUUUACCCUUUAUUUAAUUGGGAUUUAUAAGAAUUCCAGUAAUUCUUAUGAUCCACAUAUACAAUAAACAACGGGGUCAUGACCAGUAACUGAAUCACAUGUGGGACUCUUGGAAGGCAGAUAAAUGUUCCUGCUCUAGCUUCAGUAUCAAAGGACCAGUGCUUCUGUGCUGUUAACUCUGUUGAGCAAAAAGCGUCCAGAUUGACUAAAUUGGGAUUUUCAUAGGUGUCUGUGAAAGAAAUGAAACCAGUUCAUUGCAGGCUUUCAGAUGUAUUAGUAGAUAAUUUUCCUUCAGCAUAUAAAGUUUUAAAUUUACAGAAUACUGUGAAAUGGUCUAGAAUGUCUUGCUGUAUCCUUUCAUCAAAGACAAGUAAUAAUAUGUGCGUAGGAGCAGAAAUUCAGCUGCAUAUUUAGGCAUUUUUCCUACCAACUAUAGCUCUAGCAAAGAUCUGGAAAUUCUGUUAAAGUCAAGCAUGAGUCAAAUCAGUCAUACUCAGGAGAAAGACUAGCAGGCAUGAAUUUUCAUAUUCAGCUCAGCAGGUGGUGUUUGUGCUCUGAAAUAUUUUGGUAAAUGUCAGUGUCAACAUUUUUCUGUAAUUACUUGAGUAAAAAUAAGCACUAGCUGGAGCAUUGCAUUUCAGACUUGAGCUCAACUGUGAUGCCGUUGAAAUGAAGGAGCUAGUUAUAAGAAAAACACAGAAAACUGUGUAGCAGUUCAGCUUUUGGGGAAAUGUGUAUGCUUAGAAGUGAAAUUGUUCAUUGGUAACUGUAAGUGAUGGUGAUGGGGAGUGUAAAUCCAGAGCCACAACUUAUUUUAGUGGGGACCGUUUUGAAAAGCUGUAUGGUUAAACCAGAAUACGUAAUGAAGAAGUAUAUCCAUCACCCCGUGCCACUGCAAAAGGCAAGUAGUGAAGACAUCAAGUUUAAAGGAUAGAUGUUUCACUUCAGGCUUUCCAAGGAAAACAAAAAUAAAACAAGUAAGGUUCAAAAUGUUUUUAGAAAACGUUUGUUCAAAAGAAAUUAACAAAAAAGGUAAGUUACUAAGUGAAGACAUUAGAACAGUGUGCUUUCUGGUUUUCUGUUUGCAUUUAUUUUAGCUUGGAACAUA